UUUGCGGUUGGUAAGAAGCCACUUUACAUCAAUGUGAUACGUAAUCCACUCCACAGACUGGUAUCCUACUUUUACUUCGUUCGACAUGGAGAUGACUUCCGGCCAUAUUUAAAGAGGCGAAAGGCAGGAAAUAAUGAGACAUUUGAUGAGUGUGUGGAGAAAGAAGGCAGUGACUGUGAUGCUGAACAUCUUUGGCUACAGAUCCCGUUCUUCUGUGGGCAGGACGCAGAGUGUUGGAAUCCAGGUAGUCAGUGGGCGCUGGAGAAAGCUAAACUCAAUGUUGUACAGAACUACUUGUUGGUGGGGGUAACAGAGGAGCUUGGGGAUUUCCUGGCAGUACUGGAGGCAGCCCUACCCCGAUACUUUAGAGGAGCCGUCCAACUGUACAGUUCAGGGAGGAAGUCACACCUACGACGUACAGCCAAUAAGAUCGUGCCCAAGCAGUCGUCCACUGCCAAGGUUCGCAAGUCACAUAUAUGGCGCAUGGAACAGGAGUUUUACAACUUUGUGCUGGAGCAGUUCCAUUUUGUUAAACAAUCAACUUUUGAGUCAGUUAAUGGAAACUAUGUGGAAAAAGGAAACCACUUUCACUACGAGAAAAUUAGACCAAGGUGAAACCGACUUCUUCGUAGCAUCCAUAAAUCAAUUCCAAUUUUGUGAUAUUUCUGUCUCACUUCCAUUUUUGGAGAAAAAAGUCAUUUGAUGUUUAACAAUGUUUUGUGUGGUAUAUACGUGUAGCUGUCUUGAAUUGGAGGAGUUGUUUCCCUUUGAAUGAGUGUAGAAAAUACAGAUCUGUGUCUAAUAGUUGUGAUGUGACCACAAAUGUAUUGUAUGACUAUGGUUAAUAGUUGUGAUGUCAUUGAAAAUGUGUGAACAGUAGUUAUGACAUCAUCAAUAUGUAUGGUCAAUACUUGUGAUGUCAUCAAAUAUGUAUGGUUAAUACUUGUGAUGUCAUCAAAAAUACCGUAAAUUUGCAGGUAUAGUGCGCACUCGGGUAUAGUGUGCAGGUACGUUUUUGGGGUCAGAUUUGAAAGAAGAAAAAAAAAAUGAAAAAAAGAUCCUUAAAAUAAACAGUAUCAAUCUGGAAAAAUAGCAUCAAAGUAAGCUUGGUGUUUAUAACGCCGAUUAAUGAACGAUUGAUUGAUUGGAGUGAACAAGCCUAUGAAGGUCUCCCUCCGUACCACUUGGAACGAGUGGAUGAUGGACGAAUCCUGAAGAAACCAAACGAAGAAAGUGUAGCCAAUUCCGAUGCCGGAGAAUCGCCGAUCAACUUAUGUUUCGACAUCUCAGCGGUUUUCCCAUAAUUACGAAAAUGUAGUGUUUCAAUUAUAGGCUCCAUUCCAUAUAAGUUCUGUUUUAUUUUUUUACCAAAUCGCUAAGCCUAGUGUGCAUGUUUUUUCCCGGCUCACUUUAAUGUUGACAUGAUCGAUAACCUCGUGAGUUAUUUUAAAACGAAGCAUCAUAAAAAUAGUGUAUUCUGCUUUAAUCUUUUUCCCUUCGAGGAGAUUUGAAGGGGAUGUGUUGAAUGUCCACGCUUCUAGUAUAAACAUAUUUUUUAUUAUCCCUUUACGGUCAAAUCAGUCUGUAGUUCUAACAGUGCAGUAGGGCUUCACGUCACUCGUGAGGAGUGAAAACAACACUGUCCCUCGAUCGCGACAGCAAAUAAUUUCAAUUAAAUUGCAGUAGAGCUAUUGUUAAUCUGUAAUCACUGAUAGAGUGUUAGCUAAU